AUGGAACAGGCGCAGACAACAGCCGCAGCUGAUGAAAGGAGCAGGAACUCCGUGGUGUCACGGCCACGGCAAAGUGUGUGGCCUGCUGUACCUAUGGAAGAAGCUUUAACUUUGCUGGAGAAUAUGGAUGUGCCCACAUUCGUCAAGUAUAUCCCAGUUGCGGCUGUAAGAGUUGGACAAGUGCUCGCGGAACGCAUUGUUGCCCAAUCUGAUGUACCUGAAGUGCGCACAUCGAUCAAGGAUGGUUACGCAGUGUUAGCAAGUGAUCCGAUAGGUCUCCGUAAAGUCGUUGGAUCAUCAACUGCCGGCUCUCCAUACGAGGAACAUGUCUCGGCUGGUGAAUGUGUUCGUGUAAGCACCGGCGCAGCAGUUCCUGAUGGAGCAGAUGCUGUAGUGAUGGUGGAACAUACGAAUCUAGUUGAACAUGAUGGCUCUGAAGAACUUACAAUAAGCAUUGAGAUUACUGUGAAGCCUGGACAGGAUAUUCGUAUGCCAGGUACCGACAUCAGCAAAGGAGACCUACUGUUAGAUUCUGGAUGUACACUUGGAUCAGCGGAGAUUGGUGUACUUGCUGGUAGUGGAAAGCGUUCAGUUCUCAUGUACAGAAGGCCUAAAGUGUGUGUAUUGUCAACUGGUAAUGAGUUGGUAGAAUGCACUGCGGAAGAUAUACCUGUGGGUCAUAUUCGUGAUACUAACCGCCCUCAGUUGAUUGCGCUCUUCAAUUCUCUGGGUUUCAAAGCCAUCGACGCUGGAAUUGCAGUAGAUAGACGUGAAUGUCUCGUCGAAGCCAUGAGAGUUUCAUUUCGUUAUGCUCACGUACUCGUAACAUCUGGAGGCGUAAGCAUGGGCGAAAAAGACUUGAUGAAAGAUGUGUUGAUGAAUGACUUCGGAUUUAAGAUUCAUUUUGGACGAGUUUGGAUGAAGCCCGGUCUACCAACCACCUUUGCUACGGGAAUGGUUGACGGCGAAAAGAAAUUCGUUUUUGCAUUACCAGGAAAUCCUGUUUCUAGUUGGGUUGCCGCUCAUCUUUUUGCUGUGCCACUAUUGAGAAAGAUUGCUGGACAACAAAGAAUCUUUCAGAAUGUCAUUAAAGUACAGCUUGCGGAGGACCUCAGUCUCGAUGCACGUCCUGAAUACAGAAGGGCAUGGUUGCAGCAUGGUGGGAAUGUUCCUGUCGCCAUAACUACUGGCAAUCAGAUUUCGUCAAGGCUUAUGAGCCUUUCUGGCGCAACUGUUCUGCUAAAAGUACCGGCAAAGUCACCACAGUGUUCGGUCCUACCGGCAGGGGAAAUCGUAGAUGCACUAUGUGGUGGAUUAGGAGUCAAGCGUCGUUCCUUCGAAGGCGGUUUUGGUGGCGAUAGGUUCUCCAAUGGCAGUGGACGUGUAACUGUGGUAAGCGACGCCUCACCCGGAUUCAAUAGGCGACGAAUAGAAAUGGUGCGCAAUGACGAGCGGCCCAACAAACGACAACGUGUGGACUACGAUGAUGUGGAUGAUGAAGACGAUCGUGAUAGUCGUCCUAAAAGGACACUGGCUUCUACGGUAGUCAUGCCAUCGAUCGAAACGAAGAGUCGCGAGGAGAAAAUCGAGGAAAUGAAUAAGAAUGAAAAGAAAGAAGUUACAACCAGAAACCGUCGUAUGUUCUCGAACCUCCUCCAGGGCACGCUCACUCGUUUCCAAAGAGACGAGAAAAAGAUUCAGAAUGUCGAAAAAAUUCAGGCCGAAAAACAGCUCGAAGUAGAAAAACGCCUCGAAGAUAAAAAGCGCGAGGAUCGCGAGAAGAUAAUGGCGGAACGACAAAAAUUGUUUGACGAACGUCGCGAACAGGAGAAAGAAUUGCGAGCGCUGCAAAGAAAGAAAGCGCUUAUGCAAUAUGCUGAGGCGAAGAAAGAACAUUACAAACUGCUGCGCAACUUCAUUCAAACACAAACUAAGCCCACGCUGUUUUUCGUGCCGUCAAAGCAUUCACUCCGUUCCCUCGAGUUGCUCAAGGCUUCUGAGAAGGCCAUUGAUGGCCUGAUGGAACUUCGACAAAAAGAGCUUGAGCGUGAGCUGGAGAAUGGCGCCGACGAUGAGCGUGAUCAGGAGCAUAAUACAUCUGGCGCAAAUGACGUCGAAGCCAGUAUCUCUCAAGAGAGCAACUCAAAAAAGCGACGCCGUGAUCGCAGUUAUUCGCGCAGUGGUGAUGAGGACGACAACGAAAAGAGUCCUGAUGCAACUGCUGAUCCGAAGGAGAAGAGCGCUGAACCUGAGGGGGUUCCUGAGAACAACAACGACGAUGACGAUGCGAUGGUUGAAGAGGAGAGAAUUCAGCCAGAUGAGGAAGCAAUGGAUAAAGAAGAGGAGUGA